GGGAUUCUCGCGGUAGCGCGACACGCCAGGAGGAGCACUUCCGGCGCUGCGCCCAGGAAGCGGAAGUGAGGCUUCCAGGCUGAGAGUGUCGGUGUGUUCCUCGGCUGUCCUGAAAUCUAGGAAAGUCGUUUUCGUUUCACUUUCCCUGGCUUUCGAGCGCUUCCCCCCUGGCGGGUGGGAGUGCAGAGACUGAAGCGCAAGAUGAGCACCAUGUUCGCAGACACGCUGCUCAUCGUGUUUAUCUCCGUGUGUACGGCUCUGCUCGCCGAGGGUAUAACCUGGGUCCUGGUUUACAGGACAGACAAGUACAAGAGACUGAAGGCAGAAGUGGAAAAACAGAGUAAAAAAUUGGAAAAGAAGAAGGAAACAAUAACGGAGUCAGCUGGUCGACAACAAAAAAAGAAAAUAGAGCGUCAAGAAGAGAAACUGAAGAAUAAUAACAGAGAUCUAUCAAUGGUUCGAAUGAAAUCCAUGUUUGCAAUUGGCUUUUGUUUUACUGCCCUAAUGGGAAUGUUUAAUUCUAUAUUUGAUGGUAGAGUGGUGGCAAAGCUCCCUUUCACCCCCCUUUCCUACAUCCAAGGACUGUCUCAUCGAAAUCUGCUGGGGGAUGAUACCACAGACUGUUCCUUCAUCUUCCUGUAUAUUCUCUGUACCAUGUCAAUUCGACAGAACAUCCAGAAGAUCCUUGGCCUUGCCCCUUCACGAGCCGCCACCAAGCAGGCAGGUGGAUUUCUUGGCCCUCCACCUCCUUCUGGGAAGUUCUCUUGAAUUUAAGAAGAACCCUAUAAUUCCUGUCAUUCUUUUUAGACACUCAAAUAAGACCGGCAACUAUUUUGUAGCAAGAGCCAUAGGCAGCCUUAGCACUUGGGCCACUUUCUAAUUUUGAGUUAUUUCUAGGUUUUUUUGGAUAUGAUUCGAAUGAGAAUGGCACUCAACAAACAUGAUAGUGCUUUUGGUCACAGAUUAAUUUUUCUUUAAACAAGUGUUUUGAUUAGAUAAGCACAGGUGAUGUUUAUGUAAUGAGAAACAAAUUCUUAUUUUGCUUACACAAAUAUUUCUGUGGGAUCAACUUUCAAGUAUGUGCUGUGUGCCAUGUACCAUGGAAGUUGGCUCUCUAUGAGCAUUUAGAGAUCUGGAAGAAAAAUUUAGUUUAUGUAACUCUUAUUUGGAACAAUUUGUUGUGUGUUUUUUUCAACCCAAAUAUAUGACCUGAGAUCAAUAAAAGAGGCCAAAAUUUUAGCUAUUUCAUCUACAA